AAGAUGAUCUCUCUCAAGAUCCCCUCAUCACUUUGCAGUCAAGUAUCCCUAAGAUAGAUGUAAACUCGCUUGAUUUUCUUAAUUUAUAUAAUAAGAUUAACACUGCUAAAGAUAAUCUUCAAAGAACCACUCAUGAUUUGCUUUGA